AUGGCGAGCACCAUCAGCACGCAGCGGGGAGAAGUGUACGUGGGCGAGCUCCCCGCGGACUUCCUGCGCAUCACGCCGACCCACCGGCAUCAUCAAGUCCAAUCGGACGCACAGGCGGCGCGCCAGCUGCAGUACGGCGGCGCCAUCGGAACCGUGGGCCGUCUCAGCAUCACCGUGGUGCAGGCCAAGCUGGCCAAGAACUACGGCAUGACCCGGAUGGACCCGUACGUGCGCGUGCGUUUGGGCUACGCUGUCUACGAGACUCCCACGGCGCACAACGGCGCCAAGAACCCGCGAUGGAAUAAAGUCAUCCAGUGCACGCUGCCGCCCGCUGUGGACUCCUUCUACCUGGAGAUCUUUGACGAGCGGGCGUUCUCCAUGGACGACCGUAUAGCGUGGACGCACGUCCGAAUCCCGGAGGCCGUGCGGGAGGGCGGCACGACCGACGAGUGGUUCACGCUGAGCGGCCGGCAGGGCGACGACAAGGAAGGCAUGAUCAACCUGGUCAUGUCCUUCUCGUCCUUCCCGGCGGCGGCGGCCGUGACUCAACCGGUGGUCCUGAUGCCCUCCGUGUACCAGCAGGGCGUCGGCUACGUGCCCAUCGCAGGCGUUCCGCCCAUUUACAAUCAGGGCGGGGCGGUCCCGGUUCCGGCGCCGGCUCCGGCCCCGUGCACGGAGGACGAUCUGAAGGCCCUCCAGGACAUGUUCCCCAACCUGGACCCGGAAGUGGUGCGCACGGUACUGGAGGCGCAGCAGGGAGACAAAGACGCCGCCAUCAACUCGCUGCUGCAGAUGGCCGAGGAACUCUGA